CGACGCUCUCAUCCAAGAUACUUGGAUUUGCUCUUUUGCAAAAAGUUGUUGCAGCAAGAUCACCGAUUCGGAUUGUUCUGGACUCAACCAAACCACAUUCUUCCAUUUGUUCGGAUCUCUCUCACCAGACACUUAAUCUAAGUAACACAUUUAACAAUGGCUGAUCCAGAGAAGGAAGCGAUGUACCUGAAGGCAUUUCAGAUGUUCGACACGGGGAAAACAGGUUUUAUAGAUGCCUCUAAAAUCCCAACAAUUCUAAAUACACUUGGGCAUAAUUUUGUGGAUGAAGAAUUACAAGCUUUAAUUGAGGGACACGACCCAGAAAAAACUGGGAAAUUGAACUUUGAUGCCUUUUCUGAGAUUGCUGGACAUUUUCUGGAGGAAGAGGAUGAUGAAGCUAUGCAACAAGAAUUAAAAGAGGCCUUCCGUUUGUACGAUAGGGAAGGAAAUGGAUACAUCACAACGGGAACAUUAAGAGAAAUUUUAAAAGCCUUAGAUGACAAACUCGGACCAGACGACUUGGACGGUAUUAUUGCUGAAAUUGAUACUGAUGGCUCUGGAACAGUAGAUUUUGAUGAAUUUAUGGAAAUGAUGACGGGUGAAUAAAAUGCCAGGACAUUGUCAAGUAUUAGACCGAGAAUAAUGUGGAUUUUGGAUUCAACCCAAAUCAGUUCAAAUUCAAGAAUCAACAUUUUGUCAUGCAUGCGCUUUUUCUAUGUUGAGAUCAGUAAGAUUAUUAUUCAUCGUCCAUUCGUACACAAGUCUGCACAAAGUUCUCAUUACAUCUUCACCAUUUUUCAAUCCCUUUAUCAAUACUUCUUAGAACAACUAAACACAUGAGUGAAUCUCGUUCAAUUUAACCAUCAAGUGAAGUUCCGAACUGCCAAAAUUUUGUCAAUACUUUCUUCGAUCAAAUUUUAUUCUGUCAUACUAAAUUAUGUUACGUGUGAUUCUUAAUGCUGUAAAUAUAUGUCUGUAAUUCAAGCAAAAGUCCACAAGUAAGGUCCCGAAAGUUUGAAAUAAAGAUGCCUUAUACAUAAAGAA